AUGCUGCAUUUUGGUGUGUUAGGUAUUGCAUGUUUAUCUAUGCUUUCAUCCAUUCUGAUACCAAUUUGCUGUGGUCCAUGUGGUAUUACAUACUGGCUGCAGCUUUGGGCAGUGGAGAAGAAAGGGCCAGUCUUCAUAGCAGUGUUUACGCCAUUAUCACUAAUCAUAACUGCCACCAUUUCUGCAAUUUUGUGGAAGGAGAAGCUUUACUUGGGAAGUGUUUGUGGGGCAAUACUGCUGAUAGGGGCACUGUACAGCUUCUUAUGGGGGCAGAACUGGGAAGCAGAGGGCCAGAAAAUAGAGGGUGCAGAUGAGAUGAAAGACACUAAAAUGGAGUGCAUUACGCAUCAUCAGUGACUGAUGAGACAUCCAUAUAUGAUAUAUGAUAUUAUUGUUGCACAUUUUCUAGCUUUUACUAAAGCCUCUCUUCAAUGGAGUCUUGUCUUGUAUUGUUUGCAACUUGCUAGACAUGCAUGGGGACUAGGUAGAAACCUAUGUUCUUGCAAAAGCCCAGACAACUGAAUCAUUAUCUUUAAUUUGUACAACGUAAC